AUGUCGAGAAAAAGUAUUCAUAAAUAUUUUAAACGCGAAACUUUUAAGUGGAAUGUUCUCAAUUUCUUAAACGAGUGUGAUAUUGAACCGUUCGAACGGAAGAUUGAUUGUUAUACUUCAAGCCUUGAUAUAAUCGUUAAUAACAAGAAAGAUCGCGGGUGCAAGGAAGCACAGACAAAUAUAGAGGACGCAGGCGACCUUCUGGGUUUCCUGAUGUUCAAGGCUUCUGGCCGAUCUGACACUGGCCCUAUUGAGGCGCAAAGUGACCUUCCGGGUUGCUCUGUGUUCAAGGCUUCUAGCCGAGCUCAGCGGAUGGGAUGUUCUGAUAAUCGACCCAAUCGCGAACUUGCAAGAAAAUGGGAAAAAAAACGUUCAAAUAAACCGAUUAUCAUAAACAACGGAACUGUCAACAGUGGGACUAUCAACGGUGGGACUGUCAAUGACAGGAUUAUUGUUGCUGGAACUAGGCGUAAUCAGGAUGACCAUAUUAAGCGAGGUCCGUCUAUAAAACGAGCAAAAAUUGACGAAUACUUUCAUCCUGUGUGCGAAACUCAACAAAGACAGUGGAAAAAUUACGAGGAAUCAGAUGACCAGCCGGAUGGAUAUAUCACGCUGUCGCCACAGAACCCAACAUUAAUAAGUUUGACAAUAGAACUUCCAAUACUUGAUCCUGUUAAAAAUCCAUUCUUAGAGGAAGAUAGUGUCAUCAUAUCAAUUGAUGACAUCCUGAGCGAACUUUCUUUUGAAUAUGGAGAUUCAAUUAAUGAUUUCUUUUUACAAGAAGCUAAUUUAUCUCGGUUGUUCUGUAAUUAUCAAAAUAAGUCAUUAGAGAUUGCAAGGACUAAUGGCUUGUUUAUAGAGUCCAACGUACAUGAAAUUUUGUCCCUAUCCUCAAUCUUAAUGCUGACUCGAGAUUCACAUUCGAAUAUCAUGAUUAAUCUUUUUGGAACACCUUUACUCGACAAAAUCCAUGAAGAAUUUAUGCCGAAACAACAAAUUGAAUUAGACCUUAAUUGCGAAUCAACAUUUAGGAAAGCCAUUAAGAUGGCAAUGAAAAAUUCACGUAAGGAUGCCACAAAUUGGAUACUUAGACAACUUGCAAAUGAAGAGAUAUUGAGAGAAGAUGCAGGUUAUACUAUCUUGGAUUGUUUAAGAACAUUAUCCAUGUCAACUAUAAGAAACGAACACAGUGAAAUGACUCAUAUCACGAAUUAUCUCGACCGAAUAAUGAGAGGAUUCUUUGAUGAUCCGAAUUAA